UGCUGGAACAGAAGGCAAGUGGAGGAACAGAAGGCAAGAAGCAGCAGCAGGAAGAGGGGGGGCGCCAUGGCGGAGACCGCGCUGAGCAUGGCCGCGACGCUGGUACGCAGCGCGCUGGGCGUCGCCUCGGCAGCCGCGAGGCAGGAGGUUGGACUGCUGCUCGGCGUACACGACGACAUCGGGUUCAUCAAUGCCCAGCUUAAGAUGAUGAGUGCUUUUCUUAGGACAACCAAUGUGGCAGAGGGGAAUGCUGAGGUGUUGAAGGCUUACCUGGAGCUAAUACGUGACUUGGCAUAUGACACUGAAGAUUGUCUUGAGGAGUUUAUGGUUUCGAUCAAGCAUCCAAGCAUGUUGCAGCAAUGCUUCAACUUGGGAGCACGCCAUCGUAUUGCCAUCAAGAUACGGGCAAUCAAGCAAAGAAUCCAAGAGCUAAAUCAAAUGAGGAAGAUGUACAAUCUGAUCCAGCUUACAGAUACCAUUUCCGAUGACAUGAAAGGAGAUUUCCAGGUGACACGAAAUUUUGCGGCUCUGUACAUCCAAGAAGCGCAGCUUGUUGGCUUUCAGAGGCCAAAGGUUGAGCUCCUAGAGAUGACAUCUAGCAAGACUGAUGGUCGGAAGGUUGUCUCAAUUGUUGGCAUGGGUGGUCUUGGGAAGACAACUCUUCCUAAAAAGGUAUACGACAGCAAGGAGCUCCAUGAAAGAUUUGUUAAUUUUGCUUGGAUUACUGUUUCACAGUCCUUUAGCAUCAUGGAGAUCCUCAAGGAUCUAAUCAAACAACUUUUGGGGGAAAAUUCGCUGGAAGAUUUGUUGAAAAAACACCAAGGUGUCACUUUGCUAGGGAAACAUUGCACUGAUCUCCUAAGAGAACAACUCGAGGGGAAAAGGUAUUUUGUUGUUCUUGAUGAUUUGUGGACCAUUGAAGCCUGGAACUCAAUCCAGUUUGCUUUCCCAGAGCAUAGCAGUGAACUUGGUUGUGUAGUAGUGACUACACGAAUCACUGAAGUAGCACAAGUGUGCAGUUUCCCCUACCCUAAACUUAUCCACCACCUUAAAGCCCUGGAGGAAAAAGAUGCUAAAGAGCUGCUCCUAUAAAAAAGGUACAUGAACCAAAGAAUGCAGAUGAAGAUAAAAUAUUAGACGAGAUACUGAAGAAAUGUGGAGGGUUGCCACUAGCUAUUGUGACAAUAGGCGGCCUCCUUGCUAAUAAAGGCAUAAACGAGUGGAAAAGUUUGCGUGACCAAUUACCAUCACAACUUGCUAGAGGUGACCCUAGUGUUGAAGCUCUGAAGCAAGUGGUGACUUUAAGCUACAAUCAUUUGCCAUCUCAUCUCAAACCAUGCUUUCUAUAUCUCAAUCUCUUUCCAGAAGAUUUUGAGAUCAGUAGGAGGCACCUAGUAAAUAGGUGGAUAGCUGAAGGUUUUAUUUCAAUUGGUACUGCUCAGGCAACACUUGAAGAUUUUGCUGAUAAUUAUUUCUACGAACUGAUCAGCAGAAGCAUGAUUCAACCAUCCAAGUUAGAUGUUCAAGGAAAUGUGAAAACCUGCAGAGUUCAUGAUAUUGUGCAUGAUAUUGCAGUGACAAUUUCAAGACAGGAGAACCAUGUAUUAUUAGUUGAUGAACAAACCAGAACCGCUGCCUUGACAAAAGAAAGCAUCCGGCAUGUAUCAUGCUUUGGCACCAGGAAAUGGAACGGCAUGGAUUUAAGCCGGGUUCGAUCUUUUACUUUGUUCAGUGAACCUGCUCGGGGGCCAAUAGCCCCACUUUGUUUGCCCCAGCUGAAGAUGUUGAGGGUUCUGGAUCUCAAAAAUGCCAGAUUCAAAGCAAGGCAACAGGACAUUGAAAUCAUAGGAUUGUUGCUACACUUGAAGUACUUGCAUUUCCAUAGCGAAUCAAGUGUUUAUACUCUUCCAGGAUCCAUGGGAAAUCUUCAUGGCUUGCAAACUCUGGACAUACGGAAAUCAAAUUUUGCAUCCCUACCAACAGAAAUCACUAAACUUCAAGAUCUUCGCAGUCUCCGGUGUAGCAGGAUACGUCGUGCAUAUUUUGAUAUAAGUGCACCUAAAGAAUUCUUGAGGGACGUCUUUUCCUUAAUAAACUUAUGUGGUGGUGCACCUAAAGAAUUCAAAGGAUUUUCUAGCUGCUGGUCUGAUUCAUCUGGCAUUAGGGUGCCACGAGGAAUGGGGAGCUUAAGAGAGCUGCAAAUACUAGAGAAAGUAGAUAUUGAGAGAACAAGUAGGAAAGCAAUUAAAGAGCUGGGGGAACUAACUCAGCUGAGGAAGUUAGUUGUGAGAGGGAGAGGGGACUCCAAUAAAAAGUGCAAGGCAUUCUGUGAGGCUGCAGAGAAGCUGUCGUCCCUUCGUUCGCUCAAUGUAGGUACGAAGGAGCCGCUUGAAGAGGCUGGGGUGCUGGAUAUGUUAGUUUCUUUUACAUCCCCUCUCCCGUGUCUUGAGCGGCUCAAAUUGAAGGGGUUCCUUCAGCAGGUACCUGCUUGGGUUGGUGAAUGUGUGAGCCUGGUGAAGAUUGACUUGAAGUGUUGUAAGCUCAAGGAACUGGGGGCCUUGGCUCAAUUGCCUAACUUGAUCCAACUACGACUUUUGGAAGAUGCGUAUGAUGCAGAGAAAUUGGUGUUCUGCAGGGAUGCAUUCCCAAAACUGAGGAUCCUAAGUCUACAUUAUUAUAAUUGUGCACUGAGGGAGGUGACGUUCGAGCAGAGCACCUCACCUAACAUGGAAACAAUAGACAUCAAGUAUUGCGACUUGGCAUCAGGAAUCAAUGGUAUCGAGAACCUUCCAAAACUCAAGGAGGUCUAUAUUCAGGGUGGUAUAUUGGCGAAGCAAGAUAUGCUAAAAGAGGAAGCGGGUAGACACAGGAAUCACCCCGUGCUGCAAAUUCAGGGCUGACGUCGUCCAACAACUGAAGAGUCUGAGGUGAAGGUGUAAGUUACAGAGUCCAUUUCUGAACAAGGGGAGAGCUCGCAGUCUUGAUCUGGAUUCCAUGACGCCAUCCAUCCUCCUCGUCAUCCUUGACAAUCCACAACAGGUCAGCCCUGACUCCUGCACAUCGCCUGGACGUUAUUCUUCAUCCAGAAACAUCACUCCAUUGAAUUGCGGUACCUCGUGCCGUUUUCACUGUUCCAUCAAAUGUAUCGUUGUAUCCUGUGCUUGCUUACUGUUUGUGUGUAAUAAUCUGGCCAGAAGACUUGUUAACUCUAUUCCACUGCUUGCAUGCUCGUGUCUGUAAUAGUCACAACCGUUGUUCUGUCUGUCUGUAUAUGCGUACAGCCAGUGGUGCUCGGCCUUGUGUGUAAACAAUCAACAGACAUUUUAUUUGUGAAUCUAUGUGUGUUCUUUGUCAUA